AUGUCCGUUUGGUUCCAGAACCGGCGGGCCAAGUUCCGGAAGCAGGAGCGGAUCGCCCAGCAGAAGGUCUCGAGCAAUAACAACAACAACAACAACAACAGCAACACGAGCAACAACAAUAACAACAACAGCAGCGCGGAUUCGUCGUCGGUCAAGAGCGAGCAGAAAUCGUCCAGCGCCGCCGGAAGUACGACCCCGAAGGACAUCAAACCGGGCUCGCCGCUGUCCAACGUGUCCACCACUCCGAACUCGAGCGCUUCCUCCCACCAGUCCAAUGGCGAUAUCAAACCGAUCAAUGGAAAACUCUCCGAUUCGGAUCUGAACGGGCUGUCGGUGCCCCACCACGGAGGGCCCGGUGGAGGAGCAGGGCUCGGAUCACUCCACCACCACCACCACAACAAUAACAACAGCAGCAGCAGUGCCAGCAAAUGGAGCUCCUCGUGCAAUCCGCUGCUGCAAAGUCAGAAAGCAUCGUCGGCGGUGAACCACUUGGGCAUGAAUCACAAUCUGCAGAAUCAUCACCACCAUGCGGUGGCGGCGCUGUCGUCUCCAUUUUCCUCGCUACUGGGAGCUGGCGGUGGAGCCGCCGGGUACUUGUUGGAUCCGCUAGGGGGACUGAACAAAACUACCGCGGCCAAUCAUUUGUUCUAAGUGCGCGAAGGGAAGGUGGCCAAGUAGUUUCGGGCAUUCCACACUAGUCGUAGGCUUAAGAUUACGAAAAUCUAGCAUUAAGAUCCGGUGAAGGAAUUUCACUUCUGUAGAUACGGACGUAUUUUUUUCGUACCAGGCUCGUAGAUAUCUUGAGAUUGUAAUCGAAGGAAGCAAAAGAACGAAUGUAGUCAUCGUUAGAAAAUCGCUUUUUCUGCAGCAUUCAUACUGCUCAGAUACAGAAUAACAGAAGCCGAGCCAACUAUGAGCAGCAGAGUUUAAUCACAAGCAUAGUAGGCAGGGAAAGGUACGUUUUUACGACUACGGUGACAAAUAUGUCCGUUCGACGACGGGAUUGAGUGACGUUAAUUAGCAGAGAAGUACAUAUUAACCAUUAUGCUCUCGGAUCAUGGCGAAAGCGUCUGUCUUAAAACUUGAAGGGUUCGUUGAUUCUGACGGUCCUUUUGGCAGUUCAUGUUCAUUUCACGGUGGGUUAAAUAAUUUAAAUAAUUGAAUAAUCACAGUCAACUCUCCACAACUUUACAUUAUGUAU